CUAAAGAGAAACGCAAACAGAACACUAACAAAGGCACUCAUAACUGUGUCCAGUGUGGAAAAAGUUUUUCACAAUUUUCAUAUCUUAAAACCCACAUGCUAAUACACACUGGGGAGAAGCCUCAUCAAUGUGACCAAUGCGGAAAAGCUUUUUCAGUAUUUUCAACUCUUAAACGCCACAUGCUUACCCACACUGGAGAGAAGCCCCAUAUCUGUGUCCAGUGUGGAAAAGCUUUUUUAAAAAUGUCUUAUCUUAAAUCCCAUAUGCUGAUACACACUGGAGAGAAGCCUCAUAAAUGUGCCCAGUGUGGAAAAUGUUUUUCAUACCGUUCAAAUCUUAAAUUGCACAGGCUGACACACACUGGUAAGAAGCUUUAUAAAUGUGUCCACUGUGAAAUUUUUUAUUCACACAUUGAACAUCUCAACACCCAUAUGCUAGCACACUCUGGAGAGACGCCUCAUAAAUCUGUCCAGCGUGGAAAUGCUUUUACACAAUUCUCCAGUGUUAAAAAGCGCAGGCUAGUACACACUGGAGAGAAGUCUCAUCAGUGUGCUCAGUGUGGAAAAGGUUUUCCAAAAAUGUCAAAACUGAAAUUACAUAUGCUUGUACACACUAGAGAGAGGCCCCAUAAAUGUGUCCAGUGUGGAAAAGGGUUUUCACAAAUGUCAAGUCUUAAAGAGCAUAUGCGAAUACACACUGGAGAGAAGCCUCAUAAAUGUGUUCAGUGUGGGAAAGAUUUCACACGAAUUUCAAAUCUAAAUUCGCAUAUGCUAAUGCACACUGGAGAGAAACCAUAUAGAUGUGCAUACUGUGGAAAAGCGUUUUCAUUCCAUGUGAGGCUCAAAGCCCAUAUGCAAACACACUCAGGAGAGAAGCCUCCCGAAUCUUCCAAAUCCAUCGUCACAUCACACUCUGGAGAGAAGCCUCCAGAAUGUUCCAAAUCCAUUGUGACAUCACACUCUGGAGAGAAGCCUCCAGAAUGUUCUAAAUCCAUUGACAUGUUCUAG